GGGACGUGGAGGAGGUCAGGCCAGAGAGCGCGGUCGACGAGGGGAGUGGGAGUGGGAGUGGUAGCGAGGAAGACGGUGAAUCGGAGCAGCUGGCGAUCGAGGUGCCCGUGGCCAUGUGGGACUUUGACCACUGCGACCCCCGCCGGUGCUCGGGCAAGAAGCUCGCAAGGAUGGGGCUUAUAAGGGAUCUGCGGGUCGGGCAGCGCUUCCGCGGCGUGGUGCUCUCGCCCAAGGGGACGCAGCCUAUCAGCCCCGCCGACCGCGACAUCGUGCUCGCAAGCGGGCUAGCCGUCGUCGAGUGCUCCUGGGCGCGGCUCGACGACGUCCCCUUUGGGAAAAUAGCCAGCCCGCACGAGCGAUUGUUGCCGUACCUGCUCGCCACGAACCCGACGAACUACGGCAAGCCGUGGCGCCUCAACUGCGUCGAGGCCCUCGCGGCCGCGUUCUACAUCACCGGGUUCCCCGAGUAUGCGGAACGCCUGCUGGGCGUGUUUGGCUGGGGGGACGCGUUUUGGAACGUGAACAAGGAUUUGUUACAGCGGUACCAAGCGUGCACGUCUGCGGCGGAGGUGGCGGCCGCUCAGGAGCAGAUUAUGCAGGACCUUGAGACGAAGUACGAGGAGGUGCGGCGGGAUAAAGAUAGCACCGAUGAAUAUGGAGCGGAUUGGCUCACGGCAAACCCAAAUCAUCAAGUGGAAGGAGAUGGAGAUGAUGAGGAGGGUAGCGGCGAGGAGGCUGAGAGCGCCGCGGUGGAUCGUAUCACUUCGGACUUGGAUGCAGUCAAGAUCUGAGGAAAAUGCCAAUAUGUUGCUGAGAAGUAAAACAAACCGUGUACUGGUAGCUGGGUGUACGAGGGUGUACGAUAAUGUAGUCGAUGCUACUUGAAUGAAUAUUUUAG